GAUAGUGACCGGCGGUGUUGUACCGGCUUGUUGUGAGCGCCUCCCUUAAACUCACUCUAACAGCAAGUUUAGACAAUAUUUAUGAUCUACGACUCUCGCCGCACACCUUACGGAGAUGUGACUCAUUUUUCAUCCAAUCCGAGCGAUCUGGACUUUUAAGUCUUUGCUGUGAGGACGGGACAUAACAGAAUUUUAAUCGACAUGCAGAGGAAUUAAGCAGCGUAGUGAUCGGAGCGUCGAGGCGGGAUCGCUCUGAAAUCCAGGCCGCGGAUUGAGGCCCAAAUUCCCGAAGCGGAUACACGAUUGUGUUGAUCAGUUAACAUGAAGAGAGAAGAUACUGAACCGAGUCACUGUCAGGACGGUUUUGCUGCAGAUCGUUUGAGACAGGCCGUCCUCCAGCCCUGAAUCGAGCAUGACGGAGGUCCAGGCCACGGUGGAGUUCUCUUGUGAGCUCCACAAGUUUUAUAAUGUGGAUCUCUUCCAAAGAGGGUUCUAUCAGAUCCGAGCUGGUGUGAAGGUGCCGCCACGGAUCCCGCAGAGGGUGGAGGCCAGUCUGCUGCAUCCUAUUGGUUCAGAUCUGGCUUUCCCAGCAACAGUUCAAGAUGAUUUGGGCUGCAGCAAAACCUUUCAGAUCCUUUACAAAAAUGAGGAGAUAGUAGUCAAUGAUGUCCUCGUAUUCAAAGUGAUGAUGCUGCUAGAUGCAAAGAAGGUGGAAGAGUCCUUAAAUGAAAUGGACUUUCAGCUGUCUUUGGACUUGUUUUUCACCGAUGGCGACUACUCGCCUGAGGACCCUAGUUCUCUCCAGAGCAUCAGCAGUCGGACGCUGCGUUUGCACUUUAGCCUCCACAGAGGCAUCCACCAGCACGUCAACGUCAUGUUUGACUACUUCCACCUGUCUGUCAUCUCUGCCACUAUCCACGCAUCACUAGUGGCCCUGCAUCAACCUCUAAUCAGUUUCCCACGACCAGUUAAAAGCACCUGGCUGAAUCGUAACGCUCCGGCACAGAGCAAAGACUCUCUCAUCCCACCACUGGAAUCUGUGGUGUUCGGCACCACCUACGUCAAGCAGCUGUCACCAGAUGGCAAAACCUUUCUGGUAUCGGAUCAGUGCCUACAGCAUGCCUUCAGCCUGCACCAGAACAUGUGUGCCAGCUUGCUGCAGGCGUAUCAGGGCCUGUUCUGUUAUUUAACCUCCCUGGCCAAGAAUCUGCCCGCAUCCCAGCGAUUGGAGCUAGCCAAGCCCAGCAUGCAGGUCCUUUAUGAACGAGUUCUCAGAAGACCUUAUCCUCGAGACCAAAGGCACGUCUACAUAGAAAAACUUGAUGUGGAGGUCCGACUUAAUGAGCUUUGUGAACAAGUCAAGCAGAGGGCAGAGAGCCCAGAUGAGUUGGCUGAACUGGUGAACAUGAACUUGGCGCAGCUGUGCUCUCUGCUUAUGGCAUUGUGGGGGAAUUUCCUGGAAGUGGUGUCACUGAAUGAGCGCGUCUCUGCACUGUUGGCCCAGGAGCACCACACACUACGGGUGCAAAGAUUUGCAGAAGCUUUCUUUUGUCUUGAACACCCAAGACAAAGUGCGCUGGCCUACCAGGAACUGCAUGCUCACAGUCACCAACAGAUGACCACAGCUAUUAAGAACUCGUCCUACUUCCUGUCUUUACCACCUCUUCCUGUUGAAUGUGCUGAUCUGGAUGGGGAUGUGAACUCCCUACCAAUCAUCUUUGAGGACAGAUAUUUGGAAUCCAUUACUGAAGAUCGUGAUGGUCCAUGGCUUGGUCUCCACAACACCAGAAGUGGCUCUAUGUCCACGAAAGCAGAAAGGUCCAACUCAAAAGACUGCAUUGCUAGUGGAUUGGGAGCCCUUGGUCCAUGCCCAGAUAAGCAGCAAACUGUCCUCGCCACCGCUUGGCCUGAACAAAAUGAGCCUCCCCUCAAAUCCAAAGCCAAAUCCAUCAAGCUGAAGAAGAAUGCCAAGACUGAAAACUCAAAGAAGCUGAUCAGGCAGACCUCGAAAGACUCUGUGGUCCUCACAGGCUACAAGAACUUGAAGGUUCCUCGUGGGGAACCGACCACCAAGUCCAAAGACGUUGAUGCUCAGUGCAAUCCGAAAGACGAUCUAGAUGAUAUAGGCAAAUGUAUCCUCCAAAAUGAAACCGCAACCACGCAUUGUGCUAAAGACUGCACCACAAGCGACAUUCAAGGUAACGUCAGUGUCCAGAGCGACGGCUUUUCCAAUCUUUUGUGUUUGCAAAUGCAGGCAAGGCCCCAGGCAGGUACUGGAGCAGAAGCCACACAGAGUGCAGCUGCCAGAGUUGAUUUGACACAUCCACCUGCUGGGCUCAGACAUAUUGAUGUUAAACCAAGCGACAAGGACCCCUACCAGGGUGAUAAGGUCACCAUUCUCUUACCGCACCACUCAGAUCCAACCGCCAAGAGGGAUGUUCCAGAGAUCACACAGACCGAUUUCUCUGAGUUCAAGAGUCGAGUUGGGGAUGGCCCCACGUUUGUCGGAGCUUGUGGAGCUGCACUGAGGAGUGAUUGUGUUCCUCAAGCCUCCUCCAGGCUCUCAGACUCUGGAAUCGAGAGUGAGCCCAGCUCUGUGACACAGCUAGCACCGUUUUCUCCUUCUCCUUUUGCUGCUUCUGGCCUCGAGGCACCUACAGAGCUUACUCCACAGAGCACCCACCAGAGACCACCUCCGCUCAGCCCUGCCUCCAGAACAACCACUGCGUUGGAGGGCCUCAAUCCGGAGAGCACCAGCGGCAUCAGUGGAGUCCAGUCUUCCCUUACCUCCAUUAACUCCCUCCCCUCGGAUGAUGAGGUGGAGACAGAGGACACUAGCAGGAAGUCCAGCAUCCUGGUGCAGGAACAGAGUCUCAUCUUUUCAGGAGAAUCUCACAGCCUCCUGCAACCGAGCUCUAGAGUUUUGGCCCAACAAAAAAUCAGUCAUGGAGAUGGGCCUGUGUCACACGAUGAGCACUCUGCUCUCCAGUCCUGCUGUGAAACUUCUGCUCCUGACAGGCUGACGGGAUCUACCGAGACAGAUUUUCCUAGUGGUUUAGGUAUGGGGCCAGAAGCAUGUAGUGAGCCUCAGACGGCCGCCCAGUCCAGUACGUCAGUCACUAGCAGCACGGACCUGGUGAAGAAAGGCUUUGUGGAGAACUACUUUGGCUCUCGCUCUAGCACUGAUAUAUCUGAGAUCAGCCCAUUGGAGACUGCAGCUGUGACACUGGGGAUUCAGACUUGCCCCAAUGCUAAUGACGAAGAGGAUGAGGAAGAGGAGCAGGAAAGUGAAAUGAUUGAGAACGGUUACUAUGAGGAAACAGAUGGGCUGGUUUAUGCUAAUGGACUCCCAGGGGAGGAAGGGAGGUGUGAGGAUGGGGGAGCAGAGGGAAAAACCCUUUUUUAUGAUCACCUGGGUUUGGAACAGCUCCAGGAAACAUACAUAUCCUCAGCCGGCCUGCAGACACGGCCUCCUGGACCAGCUCCAACCAGCAACGAUCUGUGCUGGUACAAGAGUGCCCCUACUGCUCAGAUGACAGCGUUCGUCCAAGCAAAAGAAGAGCUGAAGCAACUAAAGUUGCCGGGGUUCCUGUACAGUGAUGUGGCAGAUCUGGCGUCCACUGUGCCAUAUUUCAGCAUGGAUGAAGAUGAAAACUGUGAUGAGGGCAUACACCUCAUAGUGUGUGUACAUGGCCUGGAUGGUAACAGUGCAGAUCUGCGUCUAGUGAAGACUUAUCUGGAGCUUGGUUUACCUGGUGCUCGAAUAGAUUUCCUAAUGUCAGAGCGCAAUCAGAAUGACACAUUUGCAGAUUUUGAGUCAAUGACAGACAGACUUUUGGAUGAAAUAGUGCAGUACAUACAAAUCUAUAACCUCACAGUUUCCAAAAUAAGUUUUGUGGGUCACUCUCUGGGAAAUCUGAUCGUGCGCUCUGUGCUGACGCGGCCCAGGUUUAAAUGUUAUCUUAGCAGACUCCACACGUUUCUGUCUCUAUCUGGACCUCAUCUCGGCACGCUGUACAACAGCUCGGCCCUCGUCAAUACCGGGUUGUGGUUUAUGCAGAAGUGGAAGAAAUCUGGCUCUCUGCUGCAGCUGACCUGCCGUGACCAUUCAGACCCACGCCAGACCUUCCUCUAUAAGCUAAGCAAGAAAACAGGUCUUCAGUUCUUUAAGAACGUGGUGUUGGUGGGGUCCCUUCAGGACCGUUACGUCCCUUAUCACUCUGCCCGAAUCGAGAUGUGCAAAACAGCCUUAAAGGACAAACAGACUGGUCCAGUGUAUGCCGAGAUGAUCGAGAACCUUCUACUCCCUGUGCUUCAGAACAAAGACUGUAACCUGGUGCGUUACGAUGUCAUCCAUGCGCUGCCCAACACCGCCAACUCCCUGAUUGGCCGGGCAGCCCACAUCGCCGUCCUGGACUCUGAGAUUUUCCUGGAAAAGUUCUUCCUUGUGGCAGGGCUCAAGUUCUUUCAGUAACCUCGCUAGAUCGGAAGCGAAUACCUCACUGCAAACGGACAUAUUUCUGGUUAUUUUUUUCCUCACGGUUUUAAGUAUGCUCUUGGAGGUAGAGCAUAAUAUAUCAGUGUUAUUUUUCUUGUUGAUUUUAUUUCUAUUUAGUCUGUUGUGAAUGUGGAAUUUAUCAUUUUUAUUUUUCUACUGCAAUUUUUUUUUUUAUAAUUCUAUUAUGUAUGAAUAUAUAAUAUGUUUUAUUCAUUAUUAGGAAAAUCAAACCUCUUUAUGGUAUUUUUGUUCAGUGUUAUUUAUGUACAACGUUAAUUUACGUACCAUUUUCGUUUAACAAUUCGUUCUAUUAAACUUUCUUAUGCUGAACUGGAAAUGUAGCUGCUAAAAAAGGAUGAACUAUUUAUUCGGGAUGGAGAUCCAGGUCAUCUUCAUGGUGAAUGCACGUUCACUUGAACAUUCUGGCAUCUAGGGUUGGCUGGCAUCUGAACUGCAUAAAACAUUGUUUUCUAUUAAGAAAUUGCCAUUUGACUACACAUUUUUUUACAAACCUUUUUUUAAUGUCAAAGGCUUCCUGGACCUGGACGAACGUGAUUGUAGCUGAAAUGAAGCACCCUUGGACCGUGUGACGGUUUUAUACUAUGUCUCUGGUGCCCAUUGCAUUCUCAUGCACAAUCUAUCAACCCAGCCUGGCGUUGGGUGGAGGAAACACACGCUUGGCAUGCUAGCAUUUUCUUUUUAUUUCAAGGGGUACAGGUAACUUAUUAACAGUGGGCCAGGUGUGUGGGAUAGAAGGUUAGCCAGUUUAAAACAGCACAAAUCCUAGUAAUCGGAUCACAAUUUGGGGAAAGUAUUUAUGUACGGUUUCCUGUAGAGGAGUUAAUUUGAUGCUUGUGUGGAAAAAAAACAAAAACAAACAAACAUUGAAUUUUUCCUGUUUUUGUUAAAAUAGUUUUGUAACAUUGACUACACAUUUCAUUAAAUGUAUUCGCAAUAAAUGUUUUUGUCCUCUUUGAA